AUGGCUACCAUGACAGACCAGUACGGCACCACAGGGACUCUCACUCUGAAGUGGGACCCUCGAAAUUUAGAGAUACGGACCAUGUCCGUGGAGCGGACCCUGGAACCGCUCGUGCUGCAAGUGACCACCCUGGUUAACAGCAAGGAUCGGGACGCCAAGAAGAAACGACCUGGUAAGUCGAAACGCGCCAGUGCUCUGGUGGCUACCGUGGAGCGAGCCACGGAGAUCUUCAUCGAGAGAGGUCAGACGAUCGCGUACGAGAACCCAGAGAUCACCCAACAGAUGCUGCAAGCCGUUGAGGAAGUCAGGAAAGCUGGUGCUUGUAUGUCUGUGUGUGCCCGUGAGUUCUCUUCGGAGCCUUGCGCCUCGUCAGUACGUUCUGGAAUGGUCCGCGCAGCCAGAGGGCUACUGUCAGCUGUGACCAGACUGCUCAUCCUGGCUGACAUGGUCGAUGUCCAUUUGCUGCUCACCAAACUGAAUACUGUGGAAAACGACCUGGACAAGUUAAAAUCUGCCUCGUCCCAAUCGGAACUUCUGGAGUCAGCGCGCCAGUUUGGCCGCUCGGCCUCCGAGCUCGCCGCUCAGGCCGCCAAGAGGCAGAAGGAGCUAAAAGAACCGCGGAUGAAGGAUGAGCUGGCCGCAGCCAGGGCCGUGCUGAAGAAGCAUUCCACUAUGCUGCUUACUGCCUCCAAGGUGUACGUGCGGCACCCGGAGCUGGCGGCGGCGAAGGCCAACCGCGACUACGUGCUGCGCGCCGUGUGCUCGGCCGUGGACACCAUCUCGUGCGUGGCCAAGGGGCAGCCCGCGCCCGCCGCGAGGCUCUCCGACGGGCCCGGCGAGCUGGCGCAGGCGCUCGACGACUUCGACGAGCGCAUGGUGAUGGAGCCGCUGGCCUACUCCGAGCUCCGCACGCGUCCCUCGCUGGAGGAGCGCUUGGAGUCCAUCAUCUCUGGAGCCGCCCUCAUGGCGGACAGCUCCUGCACCAGGGAUGAACGUCGCGAACGCAUCGUGGCUGAAUGCAACGCAGUACGCCAAGCUCUCCAAGAUUUACUCCACGAGUAUAUGGCCAAUACCGGCAAACCUGAGCAGUCGGCUGGACUGGAGCGCGCCAUAGAGAACAUGUGCCGUAAAACUCGCGACCUGAGGAGGCAGCUCAGGAAGGCGGUCGUCGAUCACGUCUCUGACAGUUUCUUAGAAACCAACGUACCUUUACUGGUGCUGAUGGAAGCAGCUCGCAAUGGAAACGAGAAGGAAGUGGAAGAAUACGCUCUCGUUUUCACUGAACACGCCAACAAGCUUGUAGAGGUGGCGAACCUCGUCUGCUCCAUGUCGAAUAACGAAGAUGGCGUGAAGAUGGUGCGUCACGCUGCCGAGCAUAUUGAGGCACUGUGCCCGCAGGUGAUCAACGCGGCGCGGGUGCUGGCGGCGCGGUCGCGGUCGCGCGUGGCGCAGGAGAACGCCGCCACCUUCGCGCGCGCCUGGGAGAGCGCCGUCAAGCUGCUCACCGACGCCGUCGACGACAUCACCACCAUCGACGACUUCCUCGCCGUCAGCGAGAACCACAUUUUGGAAGACGUAAACAAGUGCGUGAUAGCACUCCAAGAAGGUGACCCUGAUUCUUUGGAACGAACUGCUGGAGCCAUACGUGGCAGAGCUACCAGGGUGUGCUCAGUCGUGACCCAGGAGAUGGACAACUACGAGCCCUGUAUUUACACGAAGCGUGUUUUAGAAGCGGUCACCGUGCUACGCGACCAAGGUAAGUCUUGUGCUCAAAUUUUAGGGUCCAUCAAGAAGAUGUCUUUCAGUGUUAACAUAGGUAUUUUUGAAUUGUGA